GCACGACCAGAUGAACAAAAAGCUUCUAGUAGUAGAGUUGCAUUUGCAGCUGCAGGAGCAGAUGAACAAAUAGAGGCUUGUAGUUCUACUCGUAGACGAGUUGGAGAAGGUCUUGCAGGAGAGCACCGUGGACCACAAGGACGAGAAGUAGUACCUCCGG